AUGGCGACCAGUUCAAAGGCGGCUGCCGUCGAGGAGCCACACGGAUACGAAUUCUUCGGACCUCCCGGUGCCUUCGCCAUCUCCUUCGGCCUCCCCAUCCUCGUUUACGUCUUCAACUUCGUCUGCAACGACAUCUCUGGUUGCCCUGCGCCAUCGCUCUUGAGCCCCAAGACCCUGUCCCUCGACAAGCUUAAGGUGGAGGUUGGCUGGCCUGAGAAUGGAUUCGCCGGUCUGCUCAAUUGGGAGGCCUCUGCUGCCACGGCCGGCUACAUGUUGCUUUCCAUGAUUCUCUACCGCAUCCUCCCCGCGAUCGAGGUUGAAGGUACCGAGUUGAGGAAUGGUGGAAAGUUGAAGUAUAGGUUCAACACCAUGUACAGCAGCACCGUCACCCUGGCCGUCCUGGCCGCCGGUACUUUCGCCCAAGGAGCCGAGUUCCCCGUCUGGACCUUCAUCUCCGACAACUUUAUUCAGAUCCUGACCGCCAACAUCCUCUUCGCAUACGGUGUCGCCCAUUUCGUCUACAUCCGCAGCUUCAGCGUCAAGGCGGACAACAAGGAGAACCGAGAGCUUGCUGCAGGCGGCCACAGCGGCAACUUGAUGUACGAUUGGUUCAUCGGGCGUGAGCUGAAUCCCCGUGUCACUCUGCCCCUAAUUGGCGAGAUCGACCUGAAGGAGUUCCUGGAGCUGCGACCCGGCAUGAUGGGCUGGAUCAUCCUCAACUGCUCGUGGUGCGCCCAACAAUACCGCAACUAUGGCUUCGUCACAGACAGCGCCAUCUGCAUCACGGCAGUCCAGGCUCUAUAUGUCGUUGAUUCAUGGUGGAACGAGCCUGCUAUUCUCACCACAAUCGACAUCACCAACGAUGGAUUCGGCUUCAUGUUGUCAUUUGGCGACAUUGUCUGGUUACCGUUCGUCUACUCGCUCCCCGUUCGCUACCUCUCUGUCCACCCCUUAUCCCUUGGCCCGCUGGGUAUUGCUGGCAUGCUCUCGCUUAUUGGACUCGGCUUCUACAUCUUCCGCUCUGCCAAUAACGAAAAGAACCGGUUCCGGACGAACCCCGACGACCCCAGAGUCGCCCACCUCAAGUACCUCCAGACCAAGCGAGGCAGCAAGCUCCUCAUCUCAGGCUGGUGGGGUGUUGCCCGUCACAUCAACUACUUUGGAGACUGGAUCCAGUCGUGGCCUUACUGCCUGCCCACUGGCAUUGCUGGAUACCAGAUUCUGAGUGCUGGGACUCAGGUCGAGGGUGAGGUUGCCUUUGUGAUGCAGGAUGGCCGUCAGGUCAUCCAAGGCGAGGCCAGGGGAUGGGGCAUGUUCAUCACCUACUUCUACGUCUUGUACUUUGCGAUCCUGCUCAUUCACCGGGACAGCCGUGAUGACGAGAAGUGCCAACGCAAGUACGGCGAGGACUGGGAGAAGUACAAGAAGAUUGUCCGGUGGCGAAUCGUCCCCGGCAUCUAUUAG